AGAAAUUGUAUUUGAGAGAAUUAUGAUUAUUUAUAUAUAUGAUUAUAUAAUUAAUUGAAUUUGAAGUUAAAAUAAUUAUAUUAUGAAGGGUAUAUAUCAUUUUAUUUUGGAAAGAGAAGAGUGAUGUGAUUGGAGAGAGAGAAUAUUUGAGUUUAAAAAGAUAUUUUGUGGAUUUUAAAUGAAGAAAUAUUUUUGUUUUGAAGGAAUAGGAAAAAAGAAAGUAAAAUAAUGAUAAUUAUAUUAUUAUCAAUAUUAUGCUUUAGAUAGGCUCCUUGGAAGGCGUGAAACUUUACUAUUCAUCAUUUCUUCAUCGCAAAACCCUAAUCUCACAAAACCUUAGCAACCAAUUCCGCCGUCGUCGCCGCCACCUUUCUCCAUUUGGCAGCCACCAUAAAUCGCUGACCUUUUGCAAGCCACUAGUCUCCUUCGUCGUCCGUCGAUCGUCGCGUCUUCUCUGUCGGUCGUCGCGUGUUCGCUGCUCGUUCAUUUGAAGCCACGAUGCCCUCGUCGAUCGUCGAUUGUCACACACCUCAAUCAGCGUCAUCGAACUUUCUGCAUUUUCGUAAGCCAUCUGUUGUUCGUCAGUCGAAACUCACGCAAGCCACUAGUGAGCCAAUCCUUCCUUCAACUGAAGCCGUGAGCACAGUCGCCGAGCCGUGCGCGAACUCUAACCCGCACAAGCCGCUUCCAACCUCAGCCCGAGCCGCGCUCGAGUCGAUCCCUUUAGCCAAGCUGGAAGCUUGUAUUUUGGUCUUUUUCACCUAUUUUUUUGGUGUUCCUUUGUGUUCGUCGAAGACCAGUUUUGUCCUAGUUGUUCCUUUGGAUGCACCGAAGACCAGAGAUGUUCCUACGAGAUCACAUAUUGCACGUGUUCGAGAAUGCGUUAGUUUAGGGGCGAAGGUAAAGGUGGAGGUAAAAGAAAGCUGGUGAAUGACAAGAAGGGACCGUGGCGUGUCGUAGGGAAACAUUUUGCUUCCGCCAUUAUGUUGUUAGUUUUGAUUUCAAUAUUUUUGUACUUUCAUUAUUAUCAUUUUAAAACUAGAUAAGGCCCGAAUUAAGAUUUUGUUUUUUAGAUUUAUUUUUACUUACAUUAGUUUAUUUAUGAUUUGAAUGAGUACUUAAGGUUCAAUUAUGAAAUCUAGUUUUAUUUUUCAUUUUA